UUGGUCGCGGUGGAAGUGCUGAGUCAGCGAAUUCAGCGGAUUUGGAGCAGAGCAGCAGAGAAGGACACAGCAGCAGCAGAUCAAGAUGGGGGCUGGGGACGACAUCAAGGCCUUCUUCGUGGACAACAUCUGGGCCACCAUCCUGAUUGCGGUUGGCGUGGUCCUGAUCAUCGUCGUCCUAGUUUGGUAUUGCAUCCGACGAAGGCGAAGGCGUGGGUAUGUGUCACUGGAGUCCAGUGGCUCGACAUCUGUGCAGACGUUCUUAAUGACAGAGACCAUGCGCAAGACAAGAGACGAAACACAGGCUGAGCUGCUCAAUUGCCAGUACUACCUUCGUUCCCACCCCGAAUUUGAGCUUGAAACGCCUCUGGGCCCCAUUGGCAGCAGGGUGAACAAAGGGUGGUUUGCUGUCACACACCACGGUCAGCGCAAGCUGCUGUACACGCUGCCACGGUCGACCCGCUGCUGCUUUCCCUUUGACGCCCCGACAGAGCGGACGCUGCGGGAAAUGUUCCACAUCCUGCACCACCCAUAUGUGCUGCCGAUCCACCACGUUGGGUUCAUCUCAGGCCAGGACAUGGCUGUCGUUGUGCUGCCGUUUGCCAUGAAAGGGUCGCUCAAAGACGUCAUCCAUCAUAGCAACCCGUUGCAGGUUUGGGACCGAAAAUACACGCGUUUGCGGCCACCGCUGCCGCUCAAACAAAUUGCACUCAUUGGUCGCCAAGUCCUCGAGGUAAAGCACACGUGGACGCCGCGGCCACGAAAGCGGCGCGUGAGCAGGGAGACCUCUUUCUCCACCUCAUCUGUCACAGCAACACCGCGCAAAGCUGCCCCAGCGGCGUCCACGGCGUCAACACAGCAGGCCACCCCAUCCCGCCCACCACAACAGCAACAACCACAACAACAGCAAGCACAACAGCCACAGCCACAACAGCGGCCACAGCAACAGCAAGUACAGAAGCAGCAGCGUCCUGCGAGUUCGGAAGGUCGGGGUGCCUUGUUGUCGUCCAUUCGUCAGGGCAAGUCGCUGAGAAAGGCCAAGACGAAUGAUAGGAGUGCUCCGCGCGUAUAGGCGCAGAACAUGCUUUGUGCACCUUGUUGGCACUUGUGUGCCGUGUUCUGCUGAGGUCAAUGGUGUUGGUUUGGAUAGGAAACAAUGGGAUACGUCAUGUGUGAAACAGAAUGGAACAACAAAACAC